CAAAGUUAGUACGCAUCUUCUUGACAACAAAGAUUACUGAAGGGUGAACAAAACCGUGCUGCUGCCGCACACACCUGCAAAGAAAACGAUGGACGCGCAAAAGCCAAAAAAUCUGCAGGAGCUGAUCCAAAUGCUGCAUAAAAUCUUCAAGGGGGACAUGAUCAAUGUGGAGGAGGUGCAGGAACUCAUGGAGUCAUAUAAGAGCAACACCCAGGACUGGAAGAAAUAUGCCAUAUUUGAUCAACACAGAUACACAAGGAACUUGGUGGAUGAAGGCAACGGGAAGUUUAACCUGAUCGUCUUGUGUUGGGGAGAAGGCCAUGGAAGUAGCAUCCACGACCACUCAGACUCCCACUGCUUCAUGAAGAUCCUGCAGGGCGAGCUCAAGGAGACGCUCUUCGACUGCCCUAAGGGCGAAGACGGUGAGAUGAAUGAGAGAUCACACAGGAUCCUGGAGAACAACUCAGUGGCCUACAUAAAUGACUCCAUCGGCCUGCACCGUAUAGAAAAUGUCAGCCACACAGAGGGUUCAGUCAGUUUGCACCUGUACAGCCCACCCUUCCAGACAUGCCACGUCUUUGACCAGCGCACCAGCCACAAGAACACCGCCCAGAUGACCUUCUGGAGCAAGUACGGAGAGAGGACUCCAUCUCAGACCGCCGUGUCGAAGGAGAACAACUAAUACGUUCCAAAAGAAGACUCCAGAGCAUCAAGAUUUUAUUUCAAAAAUGUUUGAAAAAUGAUUGUUUAAAAUUUUAUUUUAGAUGUAUAGUGACCAUGCAGCGGCAUGUUUGGAAUUCAUCUGCCCGGCAAGCUCAAAAGGACACUCAUGCAAUUAUAGGGUGGCUUUAUCGUGCACUGCUUGCCAAAUUCUGAUGACCAGCAAAUGAUUAAAGGCAUGAAUAGGCUUUGGUGCACGUAUUUUGGCAUUUUAUAGAACAAAAUAUUUGUUUCCCUCCGGAGUUUCUUUGAAAUGAUAUGUCCCGAAAUGGAUGUACGACGAGAAAAUGUCUUUCACAGUUCCGGACCUUUUUAUCUGCAAUAUAUUUUUCAUUCAUGCCACAUACGGUUGUCUUACUAUAUAUGAUUUCAGCCUUUUUUGUACCGUCUGAUGAAGGAAUUUGUUUUUUUUUGCGAGAGGUAAAAAUGUAAACGAGUUGUUUAGAUAGGUAUGUUGAUAUACUUAAUCAAUCCUGUGAGGGAAAUUAAGGAAGGAUGUUCAUUUAUUUCCAGAGAUCUGUCUUCGCUGAGUACAUUGUUAUGCCUUACUUGUAAACACUUUGACAAAGACUGUGUGGUGUCACGUCCAGAAUCUGAUCCAAGAUGGCUAAUGUAGAUGCGGUCCACCAGUUGUUAAAACAAACAGCAAUUCCAGUAAUUAUAAUUAGUGGACAGUAUGUGCAUCUUAACUUCGUAUACCGGGUGAUUGAAAAGUAACUCCCUAUUUUUAAUUACUUGUAAUUUAUUUCUGAACUACAAUUAUUCCAAUAAAUGAACAUGAAAAGAAAGUGUAUUGCAUGGAGUUUUAUUUAAAAUUCGAUAUGGGUGCCAGCAUUAGCCACCAGUUUCUCAAGCCACCUGGGAACCGCAUUAACUGAUUUCACAAGGAACACUUGUGGGAUGGACGACAUAACUUCUCGUAUUCGCCCUUCAAGUUCUUCCAAAGACGUUGGUUUGGUAGAAUAGACUUGCUCCUUUAAUCAUGGAACAUACACAAAAAAUUGAGAAAACUAUUACAUCUGAAUAAGCAAGUAUUUUAAAAUAGGGAGUUACUUUUCAAUCACCCUGUAUAUUCUCAGGAUUCUACAUUUUAUGUUUGUAGCUAGUACAUUCACUUUGUGUAGUGCAGUCAUUUUUUUAAAUUGCUGUAGCACUGAUGUCUAAUGCAAAAAAACUUGAACAAUAAAUAU